AUGUUGGACAACCACUCCCUCGACGUGAUCUCCCGCUUCAAGCAGGCUGUGUUGGCCAAAAAGGUGCCCUCGCUGACAGCAGAGCGCCUCCACCCCAACAGAGGCAUCAAAGCAGACAUGCCAGCAUCGUCGCUAGACCUGCUUCAGACAAAGGUAGCCGAGUACGACGGAGUCAACCACUUGAUCUUGACAAACGAGAGCAUCGAGAAGAGUAACUACCGCAAUAAGCGCAAGUGGAAGGAGUUCUACGGAACUUCAGACUCCGAGGACUCCGACGAAAACGACAACGACCACGAUGACGACGACGAUGAGGACGCCUCCUCGGACUCCGACGACGAACACCCGUUCAAAAAGAUCAAGAUCGCCGACAUCUUGGCGCCGUUGGGCCAUCCACUGGAGGUAGUCUCCCAUCCCGCCAUCCUGAAAACCUACAAGCUGCCCAUAUUCCACAAAAUCGCCAGCGAGUUCAUCGACAUAAUAGAGGUGGAGCAGAAGAACCUCAACUGGCUCAACAAGUUGCUCCAGGUGUUGAACGGCGAGGACUGGUUCUACUUGUUAGAGGAGAACUUGGGGCUCCAGAAAUAUGACCACGGUUUGGACGAAGACAAGGGGGUUGCCCCAGCCGACGCCGUCAAGCCUGAGGACGCUGAUGGCGUCACUGACCCAUUCUUUGCACUUCCGGAAACAUUGAAGCGUUACGAGGCCCAUCAGCUCCAGCAGGAGUCCAACGACGAGCUUGCCACCUUGCACGACGAGCUCGUGAACUACCUCCAAGUCAGCAUCCAAAGACAGCACGAAUAUAUCAAGAACUUGACAUACUUGCGGAACGGAAUUGUGAGGGCCGACCGGUUGAAAAAGGACCUCUACAAGUGGGGCAAGGAGAUGUAUGAUCGCAAGAGCAGUUAG